AACAAGGAAAAGAGCGAGGGAGGGAAGAGAGCGGAGGAUAAGUUAGCGAGUGAAGAGCGAGUCAAAGCAGGAUAACUGAUUAUGUCCAACUCGAAUGCGAUAGCGAAUGGAGUGGCUGGAGCAGGCGCCGGAAUCAUUGCUCAGAUCCUCACUUAUCCACUUCAGACGGUGAACACACGUCAACAGACGGAGAGAAUCGCCAAGUCCAAGCCCAAACCCCCCACUGCAGCUGCCGGUACGCUUCUUCAGAUCCUCCACGUGCUUCGAAACGAAGGUUGGGGAGGACUCUACUCUGGCCUCAAGCCUUCUUUAUUUGGAACUGCUGCUUCUCAGGGAAUUUACUACUACUUUUAUCAGCUAUUCAAAAAUAAGGCUGAGGCUAUUGCAGCUGCCCGUAAGCGCCAGGGACGUGGAGAUGGCACUGCCGGCGUCUUUUCGUGGCUUGUUGUGGCGGCUCUUGCAGGGUCCUUGAAUGUAUUGCUGACAAACCCAAUAUGGGUUCUUGUGACCCGUAUGCAGACUCAAACUCAAGCAGAAAGAAAAAUUAUGGAGUCCAGAAAGGAAGCUCUAUUGAGGGAGGCUUCUGAAAACAGCAUAACAGACACAACACUGCAAGAAAAGUUGGGUGAGCUUGAUUCAACGAAGCCUCGUCCUUAUGGAACAAUUCAGGCGGCCCGUGAAGUUUAUGCUGAAGCGGGAAUAAAAGGAUUUUGGAAAGGCAUCAUACCUACGCUCAUUAUGGUGUGUAAUCCCUCAAUCCAGUUCAUGAUAUACGAGACCUCAUUAAAGCGUCUGAAGGAAAAACGAUCUGCUGAUAAUAAGCAUGGAUUAAAGAAUGUAUCAGCUUUGGAGGUGUUUUUAUUAGGAGCCUUGGCAAAACUUGGGGCUACUGUGACAACAUACCCUCUGCUGGUUGUCAAGUCUCGACUUCAAGCAAAGCAAGAGAUUGGUGGACAUAUGUCACUAAGAUAUUCAGGUACAUUUGAUGCAAUAAUUAAAAUGAUGAGGUAUGAAGGAUUGCCUGGCUUCUACAAGGGAAUGAGCACGAAGAUCGUACAGAGUGUUUUUGCAGCUUCUGUACUUUUCAUGUUCAAGGAAGAGAUUGUCAAAGCUUAUAUCUUCCUCUUUAAUAAGAUAGGGAAAGCCAAAGUCCCAUUGAAUUGAAUGUGAUGUAAAGGCAGGUAUCUCUCACAACUCUUCAAGAGGCUUUGCAGUCAAUGUUUGCUUUUUAAACAAAUCAACUAGAAAUGAGUUCUGAAGUAUUUUUGAAUAAUACUAUGUUA